AUGCCCCUUGAGAAAGAUCUCCUCCAUCCCUCUCCAGAAGAGAAGAGGAAACGCAAGAAGAAGCAACCGGUACAGAACCUUGAUUCCUACUUCAUGGCCAGGAAAUGCCCAGGAUACUAUGAAAUCACCACCAUCUUUAGCCAUGCACAAAUGGUAGUCUGUAUGUUGACUCUUCCAACUGUCCGCUGCCAGCCUACAGAAGGAAAAGUUACAGAAGGAUACUCCUUUGGACAGAAACAGCACUUAAAGCAUCCUGAGUCGAGAAGAGUGGGAAAUCAUCCUAAUAAACACAUUUUGGAUACACACACAUACACAAAAGAGAUUGUAUAA